AUGCUCCGAGCUCGAGGGUCCCGUUGUCGCUGCCAUCCCCCACUCCGGGGCCCCCCGGGGGUACCGGGGGAGCCUUGCGAAGCCCCCCCCGGGGCGGUGCCUCCUCCUUUUUCGCCGGGGGCCGCUCGGGUGCCGCCCCCCUCCCGGUCCCGCCCCCCGCUCCUCUAUCGCCGCCGCCGCCGCCGCCGCCGCCGCAGCCACCGCAGCCGCCAGCAGCGCCGGGCGGGGGGAUGUGACCGGGCGGCCGCCCCGCGCCCCGCUCCGCCGCUGCCCCGGGCCCGAGGGCCCCGCUGCCCCCCGGGAGGCUGUCGGGGGGCGGCGGCGGCGGCGGCCCCCCCCCCCCCCGCCGCCCCCAUGUCGGAGGGGCAGCCCUACGGCGAGGGGCAGCUGGCGGGGGACGCGGCCGUGGGGCAGCUCCCCUUCCCCGGGCUCCUCGCCGCGGGGCAGGGCAAACGCCCCCCCAAACUGGGGCAGAUCGGCCGCAGCAAGAGAGUGGUUAUUGAAGACGAUAGAAUUGAUGAUGUGCUGCAAAACCUCUCGGAAAAAGCCCCUCCCGGGGUUUAAAGCCUCCCUGGAGAUGCUCGGCUGCAGCUGAGGUGUGGCGAGGGGAAACCGGGAGGGUUUGGUUUACGAUGGCACAGGUUAUCAGCAAAGAAAUACCCCUCCCCAAACACCGCAGCGACCGCUUGGAGAGCCGUCCUCGCCAGCCGGUACCCCCCGCGCCGCACAACAGCACAGCCAGGAGACACGCGGAGGGGAGGGCGGCGGGCGAGGCAGAGCGCAGCCACCGCUAAAUUAAUCAUGCUAAUAAAUAUUAAUUGGAAUAACAACCCCCCCCCACCCCCACCCCAACGCCGCCAGGGAUGAACGCCGCGGCUCUGAAUUACUCCCAUCAUCUUUUCUCAGUCUGAUGAACCUUGCGUCGCGUUCACUCCGGGGAGGGGAGAGGAGAAAAGGGGCAGCGAAAGAGGGGAGGGGGGGCAGCCCUGGGGUCUCCCCCCAUCCCUGGCCGGGGUUGUUCCCAGCGGGCACCUUGUUUACAUGAUUUAACCUUGCAAAAAUGAAUCCGUGCACUUGGAUGUACCACGCUCUCCCCUUUUCCUUAUGAUUUUUUUUUAUGUUGAUGUCUUUGGAUGUUGGAAAACGAUAUAAAAAAAAAUAAUAAUAUAUAUAUAUUUCACUUCAGUCACGUUUUAAAGGUUCUCGAGGGGGGAAAAAAAUCACUUUUAUAAAGGAAAGGCUUAGAGGAUGAAUCGCUGGUUUAUUUUUUAACGCUUGUUCUGCGCGGUUGCUGUGAGCGAGGGUUGAGAUUUUAUAUGUACGGGGGGUGGGGAGGGAUGCUCGGCUUUUCUAACUACCAUGCAGUCUGUAGUGUGGGUGAUAUUGGUUUCAUUUUUCUUAUAUUGUGGCAUUUUUCCUCUCUUUAAUAGACUGUAUUAAAAUAAUAUAUGAAAAAAAGGAAAAAAAAAAAAAGAAGAAUCUAAUGUAAUCACAAGAGUGCCAAACACUUGGAGAUGCCGGAGGGCAGCGAUUCCCUCCCUGAGUUGAGCAGCGCUCAGGGCUUUCCGCUCCUUCUCGGGCUCAGUCGGUCUCGUGUGGGGUUUUACUUUGACUUCUCUUUUUCUAAUCUUUCUUUUUAACUCUUUUUUUGCAUGUUGUGCGUACGACAAAAUAAGUGGGGGGAAUAAAAGCACCUCUUGCGCCAGGGCUUGGUUUCUGUUUGCGGCUCCGACAGACCUCAAGGCGGGUUUGCUUUCUUCCGUUUGAUUAAAUAUUGUGUAUGUUGCACUUUUAUCCACUGCACAGGGCUAUUUCUGCAGUGUCCGAAUAAUAAAAAAAAAAAAAAAAAAGGAUAAAAUGAAACCAAACGGAAAAGAAAAAGUCAAUGAAUGCGGAUUUGCCGUGCUUUCCCGCGUGCCCAAUGCCGUGAGCAUCCCUCCCCAUCUUAAUAACUAAGGAAAAGCUCUCUGCACGACCCCUCCCGCAACCAGGAUCACACUCUGCCCUGAAUAAUUAAUUAUAAUUAAUAUUUA